AUGGACUAUGAAAAUGCCAUGGAGAGGGUCUACGGGAACGGCUUAUUCUGCAUAAUUCUUACUCUGUGCUUGGCAUCUUUCAGUUUUAUUCUUGCCUAUGAAUAUCAGUCAAUCGUGUUUAUGAAUUUUUCACCGAAAUUUACCUGUUCAGAUGCACGAAUCACGAAUGCCUCGAGUGUUACCUGGAUAUCAAAAAGUAAUUACUUCAAGCUUACUUCCAGUCAAAAAUCCACACUUCCAUUUUCAAACGACGGUGAUGUGGAACAGUGCUACGCAGCGGUCAGUGAUGCAGCAAAAAAUGUGCGUGCCUUUGUUUGCACAAACUUCACCUUCGAUGACUCCAUGAUGCGACUUACAAUCAUCACAGAUCAUGAUCUGGUAUGUGACAAGAGGAUAUGGGCGAAUUGGCUAGUUGCUGCAACGAUGAUUGCGAUCGCUGUGGGCCACUCUCUCGCCAUUUUUACGGACCAAUUUAGUCGACGGAGGGUUCUCAUCUUUUACAUGGUUAUGGAAAUUUUCUGGAGCUUGGUUACUCCUUUCUCUUCCAACCUUGUGGGGGUUUUCAUUUUUCGAAUCAUGAGAAUGCUAUCUAUUCCACUCUGCUAUUACGCAACUGGCCUACUUUACGAACUACUUCCAGCAAGAAAACGAACUCUCUACGGAAAUUUAUACUGGAUUCCAUUUUGCUUGGGCUAUAUGUCAACAGCUGGACUGGCCUAUCUGACAAGAGACUGGAAGGUAUUUCGACUUUACGGACUUCUGGGUCUUGUCGGAUACAUUCCUCUCUUCUUUUUACUACCCGAAUCCCCCCGAUGGCUUAUCCUCAAUGGCAAGUACGAGGAGUACAAGAAGACACUGGCCACACUGGCUAGGUGGAAUAGGGUGAAAUUGUCAGAGGAUUUUUUGGACGAAGCGGUUGGAAUCGUGCGUUCCAUAGAUAUGGUCACUUUGAAAGAACCAGUAGGGAAGCCUGAAACCCUAGUGGAUGUAUUCCGUUCAAAGAAUGUGAGAUGCAUUUUUUUGGUGUUUUGCGCUCAACUUUCAGCUGUAAGUAUUGGUUACUACGGUCUCUCAACCAAUGCAGAUUUUGCCUCAGAUAACGUUUUCCUGAAUGUAUUUUAUAUGGGUCUCAGUGAAGCACCGUCUGGUUUUUUAGGAUGGCUCCUAUGUCACCUGUUCAGCCGACGUUGCAGCUUCAUAUUUGCUGCUGCUUUCGUUAUCCCCUCUCUUCUAGUCGCGCCAAUUUUACGACCCUUUUCUUCCCUUGCAAACACACUAAUAAUUAGCAUCGGGAAGUUAAUGUUGACUGUUGAAUAUAACAUUUGCCUUCUCCAUAUGACUGAAUUCUUUCCAACAACCGUGAGAAAUAUGGGCCUUUUUUUUGUGAUGGCGUUUGGUUGCGCCAUUUCUGGCUUGUCAACAUUCAUAAACGACCUCCAUGUUAUAUACGCAUAUCUGCCUGGCAUUGUCUAUGCCGCAAUGAAUCUUAUCGCCACCAUUUUGACCUUUUUGUUCCUCCCGAAUACAAAGGACUGCCCACUUGCCCAAACCAUUAGUCAGGCUGAAAGGCUACGUCGAGGGAAGGAGGGGCAGUGGAUUGCUUCCCUGAAUUCUCAAAAUGUAUAA